AUGGGCGCCGGGGCCACGUCGGCGCGCGCGCUGCUCGACGCCGAGGGCCGCUGGCCCGAGAUCAUCGACAAGCCGACGGCGGAGAAGCUCGUGGCGCAGACGCCCGGCAUCGCCUGGGACGACGACAAGUGGCGCGAGGUCGCCAACGAGGACCGCGCGGCGCGCGCGGACAUCAUCGCGCUGCUCGACCGGCUCCGCGUGGGCGACGACGGCGAGGCCAAGGACGACGACGACCUCGGCGACCUGCCGGUCUACGACGGCGGCGACGACGAGGAGUGCUUCGCCAAGGACGGCAGCGGCCUCGAGGAGUCCUUCGGGCCGGACUGCCCGGGCACGUUCUCCGUCGACGCCGACGAGGGCGACGACCUGCCGGGCAUGGAGUUCGCCGACGGCACGGGCGGCCUGAGCCUCGUGGGCAAGCCCAUCGCGGGCGGCUCGCCCGGCAAGCCGCACAAGCCCGCGGCCGCGGCGACCGCGGGCAAGAAGCGGAACAUCUCCGUCGUCGAGGAGGUCAUCGCCGCCGACGGCACGGCCUUCGACCAGCUCAACCCCAACGCGCCGGGCACCUUCGACGAGGACGCGGAGCUCGGCGGCGCGACGCCGCGCGGCGACGGCGAGAAGCGACCACACAUCGACCUCGGCAUCUCCGGCCACGCCAUAUCGCCCUAG